UCCUCUAGAUGGAGUUAAACACAGGCAAGUUGAAUAGGCCUAUGACCAAUGCAACUGUCUCUAGAGAUGCAAGUCCAUUUUUCUGUGCUUGCCGUUUUCCUGGAAAUAUCUCCAGCUUGUCUCUUAGUAUGGAAUCCCAUCUACAUUUCACAAUGUGUUUUCAGAAAGUGAGAACUGAAAGGGGAUCUUUGAAUCUGAAACUCUCUAAGCCAGCCUGCAAGAAGAGUGUGUAAGGCUUGAGGGCACAGCGAAAUAAAAGCUCUGAUCAGAGACAGCACCAUAUUCAUUUGCACUUCCAGACAGGCUCAGCUUGCCUGAGCAUUUAUAGACAGAAAGUCUCAGUUUUGGAGGAUGGCUGCAGUGAGCACAUGCUUGAAGAAGACAUUCAUUGUUGUGAAUGUCAUUACAGGGCUUCUGGGAACUAUUUGGCUUGCCCUGACACUGUUUCAGCAUGGCAAACACCAUGGAGUAUAUGAGAGUUAUGAAUUAGGGACAAUUGUGGGGUUUUCCACUACAUAUGCAGUUGGAGUUGGGAUAGUGGUAAUGUGUGCUGUGGGCCUUUAUGGCAUCCUCAAGAAGAAGCAGUGGCCACUGAUUGUGUUCUCUGUUGGGAUGUUUCUUGUCAGCUUGCUGUUUCUUGUGGCAGCAGUAUCCUCAGCCAUUGCAUCAAACAUGACGGAAGAACAUGCCAAAGUUGUAUUUAAACCGGAAAUGCCACUUGAUCAAGAGUCGGAUAUUAUGCAGUCUCAGUUUGAAGCCUUUCAAUACAUGUAUCAAUGUUGUGGCUUUCUAAAUGGAGCCAGUGACUGGGGAGAUAAAAUUCCUCACUCAUGUCAAUGUCCACAGCUGCUUGAAAACACAACAGUAUGUAUUAACCUCAAUGUGAAGACCAUAUCUGGGGAAAUCCAGGUGUAUCGGCAGCCAUGUUUUCCUUACCUGUUCCACAUCUGGAUAAUGGGCUUCAAAGUGCUGGCAGCGUUUGCGUUUAUUUGUCUAUUAUGUCUGGUUGUUGGUCCCAUCUUGUCCACUGUAAUUCUGUGCCAAAUGAGAAGAAGGACAAUCACACCACCAGUUACUUUUACAGCACAUUCAAGUGGCGCAAAAUACACAGAGCUUGAAUGAGCUUCUAAGGAGAUCUUCAAACUGCAUUUUAGGACUUUUGGUCACCUGCUACCAUAAUCCUGUUUUGUGCCACACCUUUUAGGAUGCUUGCUUAUUGCCCAUGAAUGGCAGCUAUGUGGUUUUCAUGAUGUACCAUAAACAUUAUAAGCUUGUGAGCAUCUGCUAUGUAUUUUUUAAGAUUUCCAAUUCAUAUAUUUGUUGAACUGAAGGAUUACAUUUAAUGCAUCCAGUUUACUUUGACCAAAAGGUCUUAAUAGGCUUUGUCUUCAGUUUUUCACAGAAUGGGUCAUAAAUUCACUUCUAUGGUUAUAUACAUUUUCACUUGUAUAUAAAUAAAUGAUUUCUUCAUCAGCAA